GCCGCCCGACGGCCCCGCCGCCAUCUUGUUUCUCGGCCGCUGGGCUCCCGCUCGCCUCGUCCCCCUCCCCCUCCCUCCCACCUCCCGCCGGCCGGGCCGGAGGCAGCGCGGGCGGCGGAGGCGGAGGCAGCCGAGGCGCCGGCCGGCGCGGAGUGAGGCCAGCUGACAGUCUCCUGCCUGGGACUGCAGGGUGCCAUUAUCUGCACUGCCAAUUGUCUCUCUGCUGGGUCACACUGUCUUCUCUGUCAAGUUUUAAUCCAUUCCUCCUUGUCAUGGUUCCUCUGGCCUUGCCACCUCCCUCCUGGACGUGCUGGGAUCAGUUCUGCUGCUUGCUCUCCCUGCUGGCUUGGCAGUGGAGUGUCUGGGGAUGGGAGAAGGGAGGAGCAGAAUUCCUGCCACAGCUCCCAGCAUGUCCACAGAUAGUGGCUUUGGCACAGCCAGCAACAGUGAUGCCCAGCAGAGCCUCCAGUCCUUCUGGCCACGGGUGAUGGAGGAGAUUCGCAACCUCACGGUGAAAGACUUCAGGGUUCAAGAACUCCCCCUGGCUCGUAUUAAGAAGAUAAUGAAACUAGAUGAAGAUGUGAAGAUGAUAAGUGCAGAAGCUCCUGUGCUGUUUGCCAAGGCAGCUCAGAUAUUCAUAACAGAACUGACAUUACGAGCCUGGAUACACACAGAAGACAACAAGCGCAGGACUCUGCAGAGGAACGACAUUGCCAUGGCAAUCACAAAGUUUGAUCAAUUUGACUUUCUUAUUGAUAUUGUUCCAAGAGAUGAGCUGAAGCCUCCAAAGCGGCAGGAGGAGGUGCGCCAGACCGUGACCCCCGCUGAGCCUGUGCAGUAUUACUUCACUCUUGCCCAGCAGCCUGCUGCUGUGCAGGUCCAGGGCCAGCAGCAGGGCCAGCAGACCACCACAUCCACCACCACCAUCCAGCCAGGGCAGAUCAUCAUUGCUCAGCCACAGCAGGGGCAGACCACCCCCGUGACGAUGCAGGUUGGAGAAGGCCAGCAGGUCCAGAUAGUGCAGGCCCAGCCACAAGGACAGACCCAGCAGGCUCAGAGUGGAACUGGGCAGACCAUGCAAGUCAUGCAGCAGAUCAUCACCAACACAGGAGAAAUCCAGCAAAUACCGGUCCAGUUGAAUGCUGGCCAGCUGCAGUAUAUCCGCUUAGCCCAGCCUGUGUCAGGCACCCAGGUAGUCCAGGGGCAGAUCCAGACGCUUGCAACCAAUGCACAGCAGAUAACACAGACAGAGGUCCAGCAAGGACAGCAGCAGUUCAGCCAGUUCACAGACGGGCAGCAACUUUACCAGAUCCAGCAAGUGACCAUGCCUGCAGGCCAGGACAUCACCCAGCCCAUGUUCAUUCAGUCCACCAACCAAACCUCAGAUGGCCAAGCCACACAAGUGACAGGGGACUGAGUGGGGACGUUGUAACAAGUCUGUGGAAACAAACACUGGCCUGACGUUUGCCACAGCAGCCUGGCCUGAGGAAUACAUCUGCUUCUGUGUGUCUGUACUUGGUAUCAAGUCUAUAGUAGGCUGCAAUCUCCAGUGCACUAUACACCUUCCUCUGGUGGGUAUGAGAGAAAAUCCAACAGACACUGACAAGAAUGCAAUAUUUUUAUUUUUAGAAAUCAAUAUUUCAGUGUAUUCAGCUGCUUGUUCAAACCCGUGACAUGGAAAGAGAACUAAUCAAAAGGAAUUUGUAGGAUCUCGCUGAACAACGUCUAAAACAUUUCUAUCUAGUAAAAUUAUUAAAGGGUACUGCAUCUGGUUUGUUGUAA